UGUAUGCAUUCUGUACGUGUGUUGAAAGUGGUGUUGUGUUCGAUCAUUGUUAACAAGAAUGUAUGUAAUUAACACAAGUUACAAGUGCGCGUAAAACGAUUGGGAUUGUACACAAUAUGAAGGAUAUAUUGUGAAGGAUAACUUUGAACCAACAACAGGAAUGCACCCGGCGCUUACAGCACGAUCUAUUUCCGGGCACGGGCGUCGGCCCUAUUCGUGUAAGCUCUCCGUUCACUUUGAAGUAAAACAUGCGUGAGCUCGGGCGCGGAGGCUCACUCGUGGCAGCCACCAUAGCAGCAUUGCACAAUCGAACAGCCGGCGAAAAACCACCAAUCCCAAUUAAAUCGCGUGCAAAUACAGAAUCUAAACAUUCUCAAUUAGAAAAGGAAAUUUCUGAGAAACAAUCGAGGCGUGCAUCAGGAGGUAGUGAGCGUCCUCUCUCGACCGCUUCGGAGACCUCGGAACGCGACUCCGCGUCAGUCGUAUCUAGUGAGGAGCCGCCCCCACAAGAGAGCGGUGAUUCUGAUAGUCCAGAUGAAGCGACAGUGAAGUGUACAGUGUGGUCCGACGGUGCGACCGGAGACGCUCGCCCCAACUCAUCUGAAAGCGAUUCAUCUUCAUCUAGCGGAGAUGAUUCUGAAGGUCAAGAAUAUGAAACUCGAAAAAACAACGCCGAUUACCGAACAUUAACACCGAACAGACGUUUAGAUAACUCAACGAGGCGUGACGAUGAUUUCAAGUGGAUGCCUACUGGCAAUAUGGUGGAUGAGAAUGAGCAGCCGUCUAUGGAAGCCAUAGCGGAAGAAUAUUCAGGUGGUAGUCUAAAUAGACGAAGGCGUAUUUCGUCUGAUCGUAGUGAUCGCGAUCGUAAAAGUAGAUCGUCUUUGUCGGGCAAGCCUCCGCAGCAUCCUACGGGUGUGCGAGCGUCACCAAGACCUCGACGUAUACGCAAUGAAGAAACACCUCCAGACUUGCAUAGACGUUGGAACUCAUACGAACAUUUCCGCUGGCCAGAAGGCGGAUGGUGGCCCCCUAUGUGCUGGUGUCACGGUCCCCCUAUCCCUCCACCGUGUUGUAUGCAUGACCGUUCUUGGCCCUCACACCCUUCGCUUCCACAAACGACUGUGCGUGGUGGUUUCAAGAACGACGCGGAGGAUCGUGUGCGUCGAUUAGAAGCGGACAAGGAGAGUCUGCAGUUGCAAGUACAGGUGUUAUCGGAGCAGAUCUCAGCACAGACCGAGAAGAUGGUCGACCUAGAACGGGCACUACACGAAGCCAAACAAAGACUUGACGAUGCCGAGCAAAAACUUCAGAAGGAAAUGCUACAGCGUUCUUCGCUGGAGACGCAAAAGCUGGAGUUGCUGUCGAAACUAAGUGAGGUUCGUCUCCGCGCGGCCGAGCGGGGUCUGCUCGAGCGGUCUCCGCCGCCCGACGCAAGCCCCGGACCCGCACCCCCCGCCAGACCCGCCCCGCCCCGGACUCCGCCAGCGAACUACGGGCGUCAGAUCGAGCGCAACACUCACAUGUACUCGUCGCUGCCGCGCUCGUCCGUGCUCGCGUCGGAGGCGCGCGUCGCGUUCGGUAACAAACACAGCAUGGUGGUGGCUCGCGGGCGCGGACACUCGGUGCCCAAUCUAGUUGAGAAGGAGGAGGCAAUACCGCGCGGCAGUCCCUCUCCGUCGCUCCGUGAGGUCCGCUCGCGGCUCGGCAGCGGCUCCGUGCGGCUGGAGGGGGACGAGUUCAGUCGGUCCUCUCUCCGAGCCUCCUCAACGCCCCGACAGAAGCAACAAACGAUGCCCUGGCAAACGACAGACAUCCGACAGUGGGACUGCGAAACGACCUGCGGCUGGUUGGAGAGUAUCGGCAUGGAGCAGUACGCGCCCGCCGCCAGGGCGUGGCUCGGCGCCGGCGACGCUAGGGGGGUCCUCGCUAAUGCCUCCCACAGCACCAUCGAGAAGGAGCUGGCCAUCAAACAUCCUAUGCACAAGAAGAAGAUACUCUUGGCUAUAAUGGAUUUAUUGGGCAGUCACGGCGACGAGCUGCUGACGGCUGCGGGCGCGCUGAGCGGCGCGUGGGUGCUGCGCUGGCUGGAGGACGUGGGCGUGUGCGGCGCGCGCGAGGCCGCCGCCGACGCCGCGCUGGACGGGCGCGCGCUGCACCGCCUCACGCACCACGACCUGCACGCGCACCUGCGGGUCGCGCACGCCCUGCACGCGCUCUCCAUCCGCAGAGGGAUACAAGUGCUGCGAGACAACAAGUUCAAUCCGGACACGAUGAUCCGUCGCGGCGUGGAGACGGUCAACGCUGAGGGGGAGACGGAGACCGUGGAGGGCGCGGAGCUGGCGCGCUGGUCGUCGCACCGCGUCAUGCAGUGGCUCAAGGAGAUAGACCUUGCGGAGUACGCACCGAAUCUCCGAGGCGCUGGCGUCCACGGCGGACUCAUGCUGCUGGAGCCACGGUUCACCGCCGAACUCCUGGCCGCGCUGCUGAACAUUCCCGCCAACAAGACGCUGUUACGGAGACAUCUAACGCAGAGAUUCAACGAUCUCUUAGGCAGAGAUGUGAUCCAACAGAAAAGAAACGCUGAGCAGACGCUCGGCUACCAGCCGCUCACAGCAACAACCAAAUAUAAGGUACCAAAGAAAAGUCAGUUCUCGUUGAAACGUAAGAAGAGCAAGGAGGAGUUGGAGAUAGGCGAACUGGUGUGCCCCCUCGGCGACGAGUGCUCAGGUGACGUGCCCACAUCGCCUACGAUGAGAGUAAAGUCAGCGGUAUCGGCGGGCGUCGCGUCGGCUGUCUGUCCCCCGCGUGACGCCGCGCGUGCGCACUGACCGCGCUCCGCACAUGCCUUGGACCGAACUACACGUAAAUAAACGAUCACUAACGCUCCCUGUGAACGAUCAAAUUUGUUUGUCAAACUUUACGUUUUCAUUAAACGACAGCUUAAACGAUCAAACACCAAAGAUCAAACAAGUUCAUUAAACUUCGGUUUUCUCCUCGCCGUAACAAAGACGUCGUGUCGAGCACUGAUUGAGAUCUUGUUUGACAAACACUCCCAUACACGUUCAAACUUGUUUGUCAAACACGCCGACAGUCAAGAUUUCCAUCAAAUACGUCAAACAAAGCUGCAUGCUGUCAAAUAAGUUGACAAACAAUUGAUCGUUUACGAGGCGCUUGAAGCAUCUACAGGGUGCUAUUAAAUCACCACCGAAUCGAAAUGAUAUAACAAUACGCAAACUGUAUAUCGAUAUAAUAUCGAUUAAUCGUUUAAGGAUUUCGUUGGCCCAGCGAUAUAAAUGUUCCGACUAUGCUAUUUAAAAAAAAAACUGUAAGAUUGUGUUUUAUCUUUUCGAAACAUGACGAAACCAAACUCGCUUCCAUUGAACGAACCUUUAUCUCUUGGGUCGGUCUUGUAAACUGUCGGAAACAUUAUGUAUUUGGUUCUUAUUUCUUGCAAGAUAUCGAAUCUGCAGCAGUAAGAAUGUGGUUAUUAUUACUAAAUAUUCAUUUUACUUUCGGUUCAACUACGGUACACCCUGUAUAAUAUGACCACAGUAUAAUUUUGCUAACUACGCAAAGUCGGAAAGCAUACUACAAAUUCGAAUAAAGAGAUAAUAUAUCCUCUAUUGAAAAAUUAUUUAAGACAUGUAUUUAAGAGGGGGGAAUCUGUGAAGCGAAAAUUGCCGUUAAAGAUAAUUGCACGGCUGAAUUGAAAAUGAAAAAAGGCGAAAAUUAUCCGACAUAAGAACGUAGGCGUGUUUGUUUGUAAUGACCAACUAAUAUAUAAUGCAACAUUUAAAACGCAUUUCAUAAAUUCGUCCUAUCAAAGGAAUUUUAACAUUUUAACGUCAUAUUAAAUAAAAUUGCGCUAACCCUACUCUACUAUAGUAUUUUAUUUGGUGCUAAAAUUUGAAAUUAAAAUCUUAAAAAUUCUUUGUUAAUUUAUGUCACUACUAUUUAUCCUUGUUUAUCGAGUCCAAGGUACACCCUAUAGUAAAAAAUAAAACGCAUUAACAUUUGGUGCGACUGCCAAAAAUAUCUAUCGUGUUAAGUAACGUAUGUAGGAUCGUUUAUUGAAAAAAAAUAAAAUUAUUUUAACUUAUGUUAUAGUUUAGUGUUAUAAAGUGAAUGCUGAAUAUAAUUAAUAUUUAUUUUUGUGUUGUGAAUGAAACUUGGUGAAAUGUGCACAAAACCGAUAUCACAUAAUUUGUAAUAGACAUUCCAAUGUAGAUGCUCUUACAUAACUAAGCUGCCCAUCAAUUAAUAUAAUACACAUUUUGUAGUGCUAACAUACAUACAUAUUUCAUAAAAAAAAUUUAAACUUCUAAACUAUUACUGAACGCAACUGUAACCCCUUGUAUUGAUUCUUAAUAAUUUAUAACUAAACUAUAUGUUCCCAAACUUUUUAUUUCGUUAAUAUAUAUUUUAAAGGUACUUAGCACUUUAUUAUACUGAUAAAUAAAUUAAGUAGCUAAUUAGGAAACGACUGAAAGGUGACAAUAUUAUUCUGGUCUCAUUUCAAUUUUCUAAAAUUUAUUCAUUUAGUAUUAAGGGUUAUAACCGUUUAUAAUAUUUAUAUAUUAUAGAAUAUUGAGGGAACUGUAAAGUUAUUCACUAUAAUAUAUUUAUCAUUGUUAGUAUUUGAGGGAUUGUAUUUAUAAAAAUGUUGUUCUUAACUAUUUAAGAUUUAUCUUAAACGAAUAACUGACAUUUUAUGUUCCGCGUGCAAGUUUUUGAUGGUACCGAUAGACGUGCCGAUUUAUGUUCUAACUUUUUGAUCUUUACCUUUACCUCAGCGAAUAGCUUAAAACUUAAUAGAUUGAAACAAAAAUCGAUUUUCAAACACGAUGCUUCCGCGCAAAUCAAUGUGAUAUUUAAAAAAAGUAUCGAUUUUCAAUCCAUUACUAUCAUGAACUUGUGCACAAAUAACAGAAUGUUGACAAAUAAAAUUAAAGCUCAUAUCGCCGAUUAAUAUCGCUAAGUUUUAUAGCUUCGCAGGCCAAUGGGCCUAAUCUGUUCAGUUUUAAAUUUUUUGGAGCAUUUUACACUACUUAUUAAAUCAUAUCGUAAUUUAUUAAUUAGUAUAGUCCCGUUAUCGAAACGUGCCAAAAUGUAAUGAACAAUAAUAUACCUUUACAUGAUUACCCUUGUCUUCCAUAGCUUUAUAAUUCAACAUAUUGAAACUGAUGGUCCUAUUUUAAAAACCAUUAAAUAAAUAAACCAACCUUUUUUACAAUUCAUGUAUUUAAACAUUUUUACGAUACCUUAAGAUCAAAUGUAAUCUGUAAAAAAGUUAAAAAUAAAUAAUGGAUGAACACAAAA